AUUUUCUGUCCUGGUGCCGCAACGCGGGGGCUAAGACUAGUUUGUAAGAAUCCCAAUAGUAGCAAUCUAUGAAAAGGUAGGGGAGAAACGCAACGCAAUCCAUCAAACGUAAAUUAACAUAUGCCUGAACGAACAAAAAAUGCUUCAGUUUCAGGUGAGAUGGGAGUGGGAGUGAAGAAUGAUGAACAGAGUUGGUGGGCUUCACCUUCAAAUGUUGCAUCUCACUUUGGAACAAGUGGUGUUGCUGUUGCUACAGCUACUGGCAUUACACAUCCAUUAGAUGUACUCAAAGUUAGACUACAAAUGCAACUUGUUGGACAAAUAGGCCCGCUAACCGGAAUGGGACAAACUUUUGUUCAAGUUGUGAAAAAAGAAGGACCUCGGGCCUUAUAUCUUGGUUUGACCCCAGCGUUGACUAGGUCAGUUGUUUACGGAGGUCUACGUUUAGGUUUGUAUGAACCUUCUAAAAAUUUAUGUGAACUGGCCUUUGAGUCCACUAACAUCUUCAUGAAGAUUGCAUCUGGAGUUGUUUCUGGUGCUUUUGCCACUUUGCUCACCAACCCUAUGGAAGUUGUUAAGGUACGUCUGCAAAUGAACCGUAAUGUGCAUAUAGGAGCAAUUGGUGAGCUGCAAAAGAUUGCUGCAAAAGAGGGAGUAACAGCUCUAUGGAAGGGGGUCGGGCCCGCCAUGGCCCGUGCAGGGGCUUUAACGGCAUCACAGAUGGCUACGUAUGAUGAGUUCAAACGGGUGUUGUUAAAAUGGACACCUUUAGAAGAAGGAUUCUAUCUUCAUCUUGCCUCGAGUACAAUAGCGGGAUUAAUGAGCACCCUCAUAACUGCACCUAUGGACAUGGUUAAAACCCGUCUCAUGUUACAAAGAGAAUCUAAGAGAGAUGGCGCUUAUAAAAAUGGGUUCCAUUGUGCAUAUAAGGUUUUGAUCACAGAGGGACCUCGAGGACUCUACAAAGGUGGCUUUACUAUUUUUGCACGACUAGGUCCACAAACUACAAUCACAUUCGUACUAUGUGAGAAACUGCGUGAGCUUGCCGGGCUGAAAGCAAUUUAGUCUCUCAAAAUACGGUAAGAUGCUAAGAUCUUAUUCUUGCCUGCUUAUUUAUUUGCAUUCUGCAAGUAGAAUGCUCAUUGAUCAAAAUUUGUAGUAUUUUUUUAAUGAUUUUUUUAGCUUUCCAAAUGUUGUUUUUAUUCAUCCAUUUGUACCUCAUUGAUCAUUUUUUUAUACAUUUCACUAACAUGAUUAGUUGUUGUAAUAUGUUAACUUAAGCGCGACUGGAUAUUUUCUUA